AUAAAACGACGUAGUAUCAGGUCAGAUGCCUUGUCUUCUCUAUAUAUAUAACCUAAAUCUCUAGGGUUUCAGAAAUCGUCACCUGUGCACAACCCUAAUCAGAACAGCGCGCAGCUCCAACAGCAACCAUGGGUCGUAUGCACAGUCGUGGUAAGGGUAUUUCCUCUUCUGCUUUGCCAUACAAGAGAACUCCACCAAGCUGGCUCAAAAUCGCUUCCCAAGAUGUUGAGGAGAAUAUCUGCAAGUUUGCGAAGAAGGGUUUGACCCCAUCUCAGAUCGGUGUCAUUCUUAGGGAUUCUCAUGGUAUUGCUCAGGUUAGGAGUGUCACUGGAAGCAAGAUCCUUCGUAUCCUGAAAGCUCAUGGGCUUGCACCUGAGAUUCCUGAGGAUCUGUACCAUUUGAUCAAGAAAGCUGUCUCUAUCCGUAAGCAUUUGGAGAGGAACAGGAAGGAUAAGGACUCCAAGUUCAGGUUGAUUCUUGUGGAGAGCAGGAUCCACAGGCUUGCUCGCUACUACAAGAAGACCAAGAAGCUCCCACCAGUCUGGAAGUACGAAUCAACCACUGCCAGCACUUUGGUUGCUUAGAGAAUGUGUCAGAUUUCAUUUGCUUUUGUAGUUGCUUCUGGAUUAGCAAUUUGAGGUUUCUUUUCAGCCUGGAUAGGUGGUUGUACCUUAGUUUGCUAUGAACCAGCUCUUAAAAUUUGUCAAUGUUGUGUUCUUUUUCUUAGUUGUUGGACAACAGGCUGCUGUCAUUUUAAGACUUUGCUGACUUCAGUUGUGUUUUAAUUUGAAGUUAUAUUGAGAAGUUUUGAAGGAUCA